AUGUACGAGAAUCCACACCACAAGCAGCAACUCCUGGAGCCAAAGGGGCCCGAAAGUUCCAUGCAUGAUUAUGAUAACGAAGAAACCGAAGAAUCCCCCGAGUGCAAGUACGCCUGCCUCUCCGAGCAUGUCCCCAGGCACCUCCGUACGAUACACCAGCAGCUUACCCGCCAGCGGCGCCAGGAGAUUGCGGCUCUCGUACAGCAGAUACCGGACAUCCUGGCGACCGCGGCCGACCUGGACCGGCUCUACCGUCCGACGGGGGCUAUCCCAGCGGUCCCAAGCCUCGGGGAUCCCUGCUCUGUCGGACUUGCCUGCCGCGAAGAUGGCUGCGUCUUUGUGUGCACGCACAGGGCCACGAUACUUAGGCACUAUCGUAUGAAGCACUCCUGGAAGAACCCGUGGGUGAAGGGGGGUGAUGUUCGCCAGCAGGCGCAUUCUCACAGCCAGCCAUGGCGUACGAACGUCCGCUGCCAGCGACUAUUCAAAGGCGGCAGCGGCAGCUUCUGGUUUGAGGUCUUGGCCGACCCAUCCUCCACAUCUUCCGCGUCCAUGGCACCACCGUACGAUACCCGGCCGGUGCUGCCCCAGGCGGAUGUACCAGUCCCAGCUGAGGAUCUCCUCUUUCUAGAGCAGUACAGCUCCCAAGCCGCCCUAUUCAAGGCUCGUACGGCAAAGACCAUUGCCGAGGGCUCAAACUACGAGCCAAACCCGUGGCUCGAGCGGACCGGCUGGGUUGCUCACCUCCAGGGUCUUGACCACCAGAAGCUGCAGUCGGCCAUCAGCCUGGAACCGGGGGAUGGCUGGUACAGGGCCGAUCACCGCGGCGCAUCGUACGGCCACGUCCGAGGUGGCCGGGAUCUCAACUCUGUUCGAGCUGCGCCGGCGGGACCACGUUCACAAGGCCAGGGUUCCCUUUUCCAGCCGGCUCGAGCCACAGACGAAGGCGCGACGUGGUAUGAGGAUGACUGCGGUGCCUACGAACUGUCGCCGCCUCAGGAGGAAGCAUAUAACGACCUGGAGGAGUUCCUGGAGGAGACUCUGCGGGCGUACGAGCCGCCGCUCGCGAAAGCCACUCUGGAGGUGAUCGACCGCAAGUCUCUCCGCCUCUUCAUCUCCCUGCUGGACCACGAACUCCCCAACUCACCGUACGAGAGCGUGGUCCUGAGCGCCCUCAGCGUGAUGGGCCUCAGGGCAGUGGGCGAUGCUGUUUCCUGGCGCCGGCCGCACGAGUACACCGGUAUCCUUUCAGCUGCCAUCAACAUCGGUCGGCUCCUGGUUCUGCAGCAGUCGUACGAGGAAUGCCGGCAGGUCCUGAACGCGGGGACGCCAGAGGAGAGGGAGGUCGCGCCAGGCCUCUUCGAUUCCGUACGAUCAAAGGUCUUGCGCUACCUGACUGUCACCUCGGCCACUACAAAGCCCUCGCCGAUCGACUGGAUCUUCGAGGUCAGGGCGUACGGCAUGGCCAUCAGUAAAACAACGUCCCUGGUGGCCGAUGUACAGUGGAAUGGCGAGCAGGUGCGUUUCGGCAAGACCGGCUUUACUGUAACCCAGCUUGUGGAUCUCGUGCAGUCCCUCACGCUGGAGCUACACCGUACGAUGCGCCAGCUUCUUCUAGUUGAUGAUAGAGAGGAGAGUGGCGGAGCAGGGAAGGCGGGAGGGAAGAAGAAGGGGAAGAAGAGGAAGAGGGGGCGCGCUGAGGAGGCGGUCGAGGUCGUACGAGACCCGGCCCCGAUACCAAUUCCAACGCCUGAUCUAUCGGCCGCUUUGCUUGUGUUGCUGAUGAGACUGCCACACAUCUGCAGAAGCGACACUGCGAAAUUUCGUCUGCCGAGCGAAAUAAAAUCGCCAGUGCAGUUAAAGGAUCAAUAA